CUUGUGCUUUACUGAUACUCGUUCAAGAGAAAAAAUCUCUGCUUCACAGAGAUCGAGACUUUUUCCUCGCCAUUUUCUGAGAUUAUUAUUGGAAUCCGAGUUUUCCAGAUAUCGCUCGCUGAGCUCCAAUGGCGGUCGCCGUCCGAGGAAGCCGCGGCGGGGGAGGAGGUUUUGGUCUCGUCAGUUCCAGUCUCCGGAGCUUCUUCUCGUACCGGAUCUUCGUCUCCGCGAUGUUCUCUCUCCUCUUCAUCGCCACUCUCUCGGUCCUCCUCUCCACAAAUCCCUACACUCCACACCAUGACUCUGCUCUUCCGACCACUGGAAAUGCGUAUGUGCACCGAACAUUUCUGGCUUUGAAAUCUGACCCGCUAAAAACCAGAUUAGAUUUGAUAUAUAAGCAAGCGAAUGAUCAUAUGACGUUGGUGAAUUCUUACGCGGCCUAUGCUAGGAAGCUUAAGCUUGAGAUAUCUAAGCAAUUGAGGAUGUUCAAUGAUUUGGCUUCGGAAAUCUCGGAUCUUCAAAUGAAACCAGGUUACCGGACGUCGUUGUUCGAGUCGGACGGUCCAGUUGAUGAGGACGUGUUGAGGCAGUUUGAGAAGGAGGUGAAGGAUAAGGUGAAAACUGCGCGGGCAAUGGUUGCAGAGUCAAAAGAGAAUUAUGAUAAUCAGCUAAAGAUUCAAAAGUUGAAGGAUACUAUUUUCGCAGUUAAUGAGUUGCUGACAAAGGCGAAAAAGAAUGGUGCGUUUGCAAGCUUGAUUGCUGCGAAAUCAGCACCGAAAAGUUUGCAUUGUCUGGCCAUGAGGCUUGUAGGGGAAAUGAUUUCGAACCCGGAGAAGUAUAGGGAUGAGGGCCCGAAGCCUGAAUUUGAGGACCCGAGUUUAUAUCAUUAUGCAAUUUUCUCAGAUAAUGUGAUUGCCGUAUCGGUGGUAGUGAGAUCUGUGGUGAAGAAUGCAAAUGAACCUUGGAAACAUGUUUUCCAUGUGGUUACAGAUAGGAUGAAUCUUGCAGCAAUGAAAGUCUGGUUUAAGAUGCGGCCUGCGGAUGGUGGUGCCCACGUGGAGGUGAAGGCAGUGGAGGAUUUUUCUUUUUUGAACUCUUCUUAUGUGCCGGUUUUAAGGCAACUUGAAUCAGCGAAUCUGCAGAAGUUUUACUUUGAGAGUCGGGAGGAGAAUGCGACCAAGGAUGCAAGCAACAUGAAGUUUAGGAACCCCAAGUACUUGUCAAUGUUGAAUCACCUGCGAUUUUAUUUGCCAGAGAUCUAUCCAAAGUUGCACAAGAUUUUGUUCUUGGAUGAUGAUGUUGUUGUUCAGAAAGACUUGACUGGUUUGUGGAAGAUUGAUUUGGAUGGUAAGGUGAACGGGGCUGUUGAAACGUGCUUUGGAUCCUUUCAUCGAUAUGCCCAGUAUUUGAAUUUCUCACACCCUCUGAUAAAGGAGAAAUUUAAUCCUAAGGCUUGUGCUUGGGCUUAUGGGAUGAACAUAUUUGAUCUUGAUGCUUGGAGGCGUGAGAAAUCCACAGAGCAAUACCAUUACUGGCAGAACUUGAAUGAAGAUCGGACAUUAUGGAAGCUGGGUACUCUUCCUCCGGGUCUGAUCACCUUCUACUCGACAACAAAGUCUUUGGACAAAUCGUGGCAUGUGCUUGGACUUGGGUACAAUCCAAGUAUUAGCAUGGAUGCAAUCAAUCGAGCUUCAGUCAUUCAUUAUAAUGGAAAUAUGAAACCUUGGCUCGACAUUGCUAUGAACCAAUAUAAGAAUCUUUGGACCAAGUACGUGGACAAUGAUAUGGAAUUUGUGCAGAUGUGCAAUUUUGGCUUAUAGACAACUACCUUUCCUGCUCUGAAUUACUCAGGUGACAUAAAAUACGAGUUUCCAGCAACUAUGCAUGAUGAGACUCAUUCUCAUUCUCACACGUUUUGGAUCAUUUACUAGUUGUAACACUCAGAGCGAAGCUCGGUGAUUCUUUGUUUUUGGUGGAAAAUGGUGGUCUCAUGAUUCUUUCUUUUAAUGUUCUAUCAGCUGUUGAGGUCAGUUAUGGUUUGUAAACAACGAGUUCGGGUAAUGUACACGUGGCAAUCAAUUUUUGGUUAAGAUAUUUACAGUAUUGUAAGAUACUUACAUUUUGCAGUCUGUCAUGGCUGAUUCUAUGUUUCUAUCCAAUCAGUGUAUUUUCAUA